AUGGCGUUGCCUCAGCAUGCUGGAGUUCUCCAAGAGCAGCUGCUGGUCUUAUCUGCUGGCUGUGGCCCCGUGGCAGAGCUAGUCACCAGGCCAGGGACAGGCGGGCGGGCGCCCUGGGAUGUGAGCCAGCUGUCCAGUGAGCCGGCUGGGCAGGUUAUGAAGGGCACCCGCCCUUCCAGCCACCCAGGCUACUUAGGGAAGGUCAGCAUGAGCCAUUACCACCUGAAGAGGAAUCAGAGCUUCUGCCCGACUGUCAGCCUGGAUAAGCUGUGGACCCUGAUCUGUGAGCAGACGUGGGUCAACGCCACCAAGAACCUGGCUGGGGCUGCCCCCAUCAUAGACGUGGUGCGGUCGGGCUACUACAAAGUCCUGGGGAAGGGCAAGCUCCCGAAGCAGCCUGUUAUCAUGAAGGCCAAAUUCUUCAGUAGAAGAGCCGAGGAGGAGAAGAUCAAAGGUGUUGGCAGAGCCUGUGUCCUGGUGACUUGA